UUAGCAAAACACGAUAAUAAAUAAUAAGGCAGUACAAGAUGUCCGCUUCUACUGAUUCGAAGCUCUAAAUAUCUGUUUUAGAAAGUCUUCAAUAAGUAUAAAUCAUAAACUGUAUCCACAAUGAGCAUAAGAAUCGACAUCGACGUGUGUCGCGUCUGCUGCAAAUCGAAUGCAUCGCAGACAAUCUAUCAGUACGCAUCGAAGUUCCACUACUGCACUUCAAUUGAGGUUGCGGAAAAGGAUGGCCUGCCUGGAAAGAUCUGCGACACCUGCGUUGAGCGGAUGAAAAUAGCGUUCGAGUUCAAGAAGAAAAGCGAGUUUUCCGAUCGGCAGUUGAAACAAUUUAUAGCCAGUGUUAACAAUCAAUUUAGUCUAACGUUGGUUGGUUCCGACGAUAUCGACGGUGACGAUGAUGAGCUUGCAGAGGCUGCAAAUGAGACAGAUGACACGCAGCCACAGGAAACGGAAUCGAAGUCAGAUGACACUGGGGUUGGAACGGAAGUUGCUACCGCGGAUAAAGAAACGCACUCUGUUGAACAGGAAGAUGAACCGGAGAAUGUGCCAGAGCAAGAGCAGGAGCAAGAACAGGAACACGAACCGGAGAAGUUUAGAGCUGUUGCUGUGAUACAGGAAAAACCAACAGUCAAGCCGGAAAAGGACAUAUUUGAGGUUGUUGAGGUGGAAUAUGAUGCCAAUAUCUUGCCGCAGGAUGAACCGUCGAUGGAAGAUGCUGAUGCAGAGCAGCAAGAUGACUCUGGUGAAGAUCCAAUGGAGGUGGAAGAAACAGAUCAAGUUUUUUACAUUAGUAUUCCAAAUUACGAAGAAAUGCAAGAUCCAACACAAAGUAUCGACGAUGGUAACACAUCUGAUCAAGAGGAGGAAAUCGAAAAAGCUUGCGUCAGCGCAGAUGAUAAAUCUAAUCAGGAAUACAAAUAUGAAACAAGCUCGGGAGAGCGACAAACAUCUAUGUCUACUCUCAAAGAAUCUAUUUUGAGCUCCAGUGGAAAAUUUAUUUGCGUUAAAUGCAACAAACCUUUUUCUACUAAAACAAAUCUCAAUCGACAUCUUCUUUCGCACGACGGAAAUAAGCCGUUUGUGUGUCCCCUUUGUAAUAAGGGUUUCACCCAGAACGGCUCACUGAAGCAGCAUCUUCUGAUUCAUCAGAACCUGAAACCGUUCGUGUGUGCGGUGUGCGAUCAAGGCUUCACCCAGCAGAAGUCGCUGACGUUCCACAUGCGUCGUCACACGAACGAAAAACCGUUCCUGUGUCCCUGCUGCGGAUAUGCCUUCCGCCAGAAGGAUGGCCUCAAACGGCACAUGCUGGUGAAGCACUCGGACCAGAACGCGAAGACGUUUGCCUGCGACCAAUGUGAGAAAGCCUACCAAACGAGAUAUGCCCUCGUGAUGCAUCAGAAGCGUCACGAGGGCACUGGAAAGCGGACAGCAUGAGUAGGAAUAAUGGCAUUCGUUGUGUCUGAAUAUCUGUAGGCGUAUUGCAAUAAAAUUUUAGGUAUGUUUGAAAUAAGUGAAAUAAGCGCUGAAUAGCUCUUGAAUACUAUUUGUACUAGAAGGACUAAAAAGUCCGGACAACCACUUUUUGAAAUAAAUUGACAUUUUUUGUUCAUAAGCUACUAGCUGACCCGGUAAACUUCGUCCUGCCCAAUAUUUGUUUUUGUUAUCAAUACCUUCAAACAUUCACGUUUUUUUUUUAUUAAGCGCAAGUUCAUGGGUCCAAUCGCAGAACUGUUCAUUAAUUAAUCUUCUAAUUCACCUCGUUGAAUUUACCUUUUAUUAUAAAAUUCCUAGUACUUGUACCUAAACUCAUCAUUAUAAUAUCAGAUUAUUUUCAGACACAAUUCUCGUUCAAGAUUUUUCAACCAAUUGCAAAUAGCAUGUUUCUCCGUGACAUUGAAUAAAUGUUCGAUACAGAAAAUAUGAUAGAAUAAAGACAGCCCUAAAACGGACAAUUCCUUCCUCGAGUUUUGCUCUUAUCUACACAUUUGGCGAUCCAUUUUUAUUGGAAGAUAGAGGAUAGAAGAAG